AUGCCAAUGAACCAUGAUGGCCAAAGCCAACAAUCCACAAGGUGGUAUAAGCUAUGCUUUAUGCCCACAAGUGGUGAUAGUUCUGAUGAUUCUGACACUGAAUCUGUAGUCAUAGCUCCAACUACUUCAACUCAUACUAGUACAUGGCAAGAACCUUCUCCACCACAUUCCCCACUAUAUCCAGAACCUGAAAUGUACUGGCUUAGUCUUCCACAACCACCACCACCACCACCACCUCCACUGCCUUUUUUACGAUUAACACCGCUACAAAGGUCUUCACAAAUGGCAUCACUAUCGCCAUCACCAAAUCCAGAGCCUCAACACGACUGGAACUGGCGUACUCCACCGCCGCCUCCUCCUCCUCCUCCUUUUCUAACAACACUUGCAUUACAACGACUACAUUCCCAGGCAGCAAACUCAGAACAUCGAAUUAACACGCAAUCUUUACAACCUCCACCACCUCUACCACCGAAUAUAUGGGAUCAUUUUCAGAAUAAUGUUGGGAGAGUUCAACCCGGUGUCAAUCAAAGUGAGUUCCUUCGAAUUCCUGACAAUGUCAUCGAUGCCAUUCAAAUGGUGACAAUCUCAGAGUUGCAUGAAAGUGAUGAACUCUCACAAUGCCCUAUUUGCAUGGAGGACUUUAAACUGGGCGAUGAGGCAUGUCAGUUACCCUGCAAACAUACAUACAAGUUUAAAUGUAUUCUUCGAUGGCUUAACAACAACACAACAUGUCCUGUUUGCAGGCUUCAGUUAGAGGGUUUUGAAGGACAAGGUAGUUGUUAUAACAUAAAUGACGAAGGUAAUGAUGAUGAUGGUGAUGAUGAUAGUUUAGACCUUGAACCUCAAAUUCCACCACCACCACCACCAGUAAUCUAUAGUUUGGAAGACCUUUUUCAAUUUUCUCCACAUUCACAAGUUGCUGAGGAUGGUGCAGAUCACAACUCUGAUGAAGGUUACUAUGACAGUGCAUGUGAUGACUUAGGUGAUGCUCAUGAAGAUGGACAAUGA